GCAUCGCUACGCCCGAGAAAAGAUGCCCUAUUAUGCCUAUCAUUGUAAGCCGAUAGGCCCCCCGUUGCCAAUGUUCGUUAAGAAAAGACUUCCGAGGUAUGGAUCCCAAUUUGUCCCACUUUACGGGUCAAAGUUGAUUUCCUCCAGAAACAUCCCACUCUACAGACGGGGGAUUUGGGUGACGCCAUACUCAGUGGCCCAUGUAGCUGGGUAUCAACCCCGGACCAUCCCUGUGGACUUCGACGCAUGCCUGACCAAGUUCUCAAAACUGAGAAUGACCGGGAAUCUGGUGAGGUCCGAUGUAGAGGACUACCCAUACCAAAUUCAGAGUACAGCUGGAUACGACGGCACGACCAAAGGUCCACACGGCCCCAUCCACAAGGGUUCUUUGCCUUGUGUGGUUCCUGAGCGUGUUCCUCGGAUGACCAAAGGCCCCGUGCUUUAUUCCUCCAGAGAUCUUCACCCGGGCUUAACCCAGGUCCCACGUGUCUCCAGACGACCAACCUUCUACGCCUCUGAAGAGCCUCUGCUUUGCUCCAGUAAGGAAGAACUAUCCCAGAGGACCAAAAAACUCAACACACAGUAUCCAUCCAAGGUCCCUCAAGGAAACCGAGGCAGAGAUUCGGAUCUCCCCCAGGUCGAUGACCCGCUGCAACCUGAAGCAAAGAUCUCCUCCCAACCCAGGGCCACCAAAGGUUCACGGGUCAUCGCCACAAAGGUCCCACGCGCCAACUUCCUGACGCUCUCGCAUUCGUUCAUCAAGAGAGGGGCCCGUUCCUUUUUGACGAAAACCUCCCAAAAUCAUUUCUACAGAGGUUCGCGAGCUUCCCUGGUCAAACCUUCUCGGACCUCCUUGGUCAAAGGCUCCCAGCCCAGCCUUGCCCACACGGCCCCCAAAAACCUGUCCAAAACGGUGAAAAUUUCAAGCACUGGGAAGAAAUAUUCCUCAUCAGUCAACUGGCCAUUUUGA